CCUUCCACUCCGGGGGCCUUCGGUGCCUGGGCCGCGUCAGGCAGCUCGCCGGGCAGCCCGGAGCCAUGGCGGCGGCCGUAGGAGCGCGUGGCGCCCUACGCUGGUUCGCGGUGCUGCGUGGCCGGGGCGCGAGCCGGGCGGCCAUGUCUUCAGAUGCGCAGUGGUUGACAGCAGAGGAGAGGAAACAACUUCUUUCUGUCUUGAAAGCAGCAGGAUGGUCGGAAUUAAGUGAGAGAGAUGCUAUCUACAAAGAGUUCUCCUUCAAAAAUUUUAACCAGGCUUUUGGCUUUAUGUCCAGGGUUGCUCUGCAAGCGGAGAAGAUGAAUCAUCACCCGGAAUGGUUCAACGUGUACAACAAGGUGCAGAUAACGCUCACCUCUCAUGAUUGCGGAGGCCUAACCAAGCGUGAUGUGAAGCUGGCCCAGUUUAUUGAAAAAGCCGCUGCUUCUCUGUGAUCUCUCUGAGAGUGGACGUGAAGAUCUGAUACCCGGCUUGUCUGCAGUGGUUUUAAAGGCCAUUUAUGUGAAUAAAUUAAGUCAUAAAUUA